GCCGCAGACUUUAUGUUCGGCUAAAUAAAAUAAUCUGUCAUCCAAUUGUUCUCUGUCCAAAACAUAAACAAUAAUUAUGGUGGUAACCGGCGCCGGGGAAUCACUCACCGGAGAUUCCCUCAACUAUGAUCGUCAACGGGAACUGAAGGCCUUCGACGAGUCCAAGUCCGGUGUCAAAGGUCUUGUGGAUGCUGGUGUUGCCAAAAUCCCGAGAAUUUUCAUCCGGCCGCCGGAGGAGCUCGCCAGGGAGAACCAGAAUUCCGGCGAUCUAACCAACACCCAAUUUGUAGUUCCGGUCAUCGACCUUGGUGAUAUCAUUGUCAGGAGCGCCGAUAAAGUUGCUGGUGUCCGGCGAGCCGCCGAGGAGGUGGGGUUCUUUCAGGUGGUAAACCACGGAAUUCCGAAAGAGUUAUUGGAGCAGGUGCUAAAGGCGGUGCGUGGAUUCCACGAGCUUCCAAGGGAGGUGAAGGCAGAUUAUUAUACGAGGGAGUUGAUGAGAAAGGUGAAGUUUGGGAGCAACUUUGAUUUGUACGAGUCCAGCUUUGCUAACUGGAGGGAUACUUUGUUUUGUGUUAUGGCUCCUGAGCCUCUUGACCCUCAAGAAUUACCUCCUGUCUGCAGGGACAUAACUAUUGAGUAUUCUAAGCAAGCCCGUCAAUUGGGGAUCAUUUUGCUUGAAUUGUUAUCUGAAGCACUUGGGCUCAAUCCCAACCAUCUUAUAGACCUGGAUUGUGCAAAGGGGACUCUUAUUCUCGGUCACUACUAUCCUGCGUGCCCUGAGCCUGAACUGACCAUGGGCACAAGCAAACACUCAGAUCCUGAUUUUCUCACCAUCUUACUUCAAGACCACAUUGGUGGGCUUCAAAUUCUUCAUCAAGACCGCUGGAUUGAUGUUCCCUCUGUGCCCGGAGCUCUAGUGGUAAACAUUGGAGAUCUCUUACAGGACCGGCAGCAACACUGUUUUUCUCAUUCUUCAUCGGAAAAGAUAAUGGAAAUCACAGCCGAUGGAGAGGUUGCUGGGAAAACGCCAUUAAGUAAUGAUCGUAAGAAGGAGAUAAAGGACUUUGACAACACAAAAGCUGGUGUAAAAGGACUAGUAGAUGCCGGGAUAUCUAAUACUCCAAAGAUAUUCAUUAGACCAGCCGACAAGCUUGCUGAAGAGCUAAGCAGCCACGGAGGUAGCGUUCAGCUUCCUGUCAUAAGUCUCGAUGGCAUCCAAGGAGAUGCAAGGCGCAAGGAGAUCAUUGCCAAUGAAGUCAAGGAGGCUUCUGAGAAGUGGGGCUUUUUCCAAGUCGUUAACCAUGGGAUCCCAUCAUCUUUGUUGGGAAAUAUGAUAGAGGGGAUACGCAAGUUCAAUGACCAAGAUCUUGAGUUGAAGAAGGAAUUUUAUUCACGAGAUCGCACAAGAAAUGUUGUUUUCAACUCUAAUUUUGAUUUACGUCAAUCGCAUACCGCCAAUUGGAGGGACAAUUUGAUCAUAACUUCGCGAGCUACUCAUCAUUUUGAUCCAUCGGAAUUGCCAGCUGUUUGCCGAUCGUAUCAAAUGACAUGCUUAAAAGCGUUGAGCAUAGGGUGCUUUCCAACCGCGUUGGACCUGUAGCAUCCUUUUUCAGCGGAAGUGAACGGAUGUAUGGCCCAAUCAAAGAGUUAAUAUCCAAAGAUAACCCCUCUUUAUGCAGGGACUUCCUGCUAAGUGAAUAUCAUGUCAACUAACAAUCCAAGAAACUUUAUGAAAUGUCUGGCCUGGAUUAUUUCAGGCGCUGAAGUUAGCACUAAUAUCCCAUGAUUGUACACGAUUGAAGGUGUUGGUGUAAGUAGCUUGAACUUAGGUCGUCAUCCUAGUAAGGGAGCUUUAGAUGUUUCU